AACUCUGCUCAUACAUGUGACCAUCUGCUCCCCCAGGACACGGGAUGGACAGUCGUCCGGCGAUGGCUAUAUUUGAACUACUGGACUACAUCGUCAAUGAGCCUCCGCCCAGGCUGCCGCAUGGUGUCUACACCUCCGACUUCCAGGAGUUUGUGAAUAAAUGCCUCAUGAAGAAUCCUGCAGACAGAGCAGACCUGAAGAUGCUCAUGAGUCACACAUUCAUCAAGCGUGCCGAGGUGGAGAAGGUGGACUUCGCCGGUUGGCUCUGCAAAACCAUGGGCCUCAACCAACCCAGCACUCCAACACGCUGUGCCGAAUGACCAACCCUCUUCUCAUUCUCCUGAUUGCUUCACACGUUUCUGAUCCCUUUGCUUUCUCUGUGCAACACACACACACACACACACAGCAGCGACACCCUUUUGCAGUUUUUCAUUUUACUUCUCGAUCUGGCAUCUCUGCAGAUGCAUUGCGAUGAAUUAGGUCCAUAGCACACCUUUUGAUUAAUCUCUCAAUUUAAUCUGAAAACACCAAAUUAGAGAUUUGCUUUAUUUUUUCCUCUCCCAUUUUUGCUUUCUCUGUGUUGUCAGCAGCGUUUUAGGUGGGCAAGUAUGGACCGUAUUGUUGACUGAGAUCUAAUAUGGAUGAUUGUGGGUUAGUCAUAUCAUGAAUGUGAAAUAGUCACCAUAACACCACUGUUUUGCAGCGGCAUGCUGCACUGUCAUUUAAACGGCCAUGGUGGAAGAUGGCCGUAUCAUUUUAAUUUUUUUGCUGCUUUUGUUUUGUUUCUUGUUUGUUUUUGGCCUGUUCAAUUUCAAACCAAAGAUGGUACUGUUGUGAAUGCAAUCUGAACAUGCCUGUGCGCUGUGAUGGUGAUCUCAUGAAUGUAGACUCAUGGCCACUGUAGCUUUCCCUGGCAUUCGGUUCCGUCCAGGGAAACAGGAGAGGUCCAUGGUUGGUUGGAGGAGGGGUGGGGGGGGGGGGUCACACAUGGGUCUUCUUCAUGGCUUCUGUGUGACAACUGCCAAUAUCAUGAGAUGUAAAUGCUUUUAAGUCUUAUACUUUUCACCUUAAAUCUAAAAAAAAAAAAAAAAAAAGACAUUUACUUAUAAGUACAAAGCCUGAUGUAACCAUACUGUACUGUAUUCAAUUGUGGCAUUUUGUGACGGGGGAAACUCAAAGAGAACCUUGUGUUGUGUUUAGUCUCUCAAGAGAGGCCAAAGCAUCAUUCACUUCUCUUGAAUCUAAGGACGUGGUCAUGUGCUUGUUUCCUUGCAGACUGGCAUGGUUAAUUGUCUUGGUUCAUUUACUCUUUAAAAUCAUGGUGGUUUAUUUCAGUGUUUACGGAAAAUGCCUGAAUCUUAUUUCUUAUCUCUUUUGCCUGAUUAUCUUCUUUUUUGUUGUUGUUGUUAUUGUUGUUUGUUUCUUUUCUCUCAAAAUGAUUUGAGUAGGGUUCUACCAAACGCUUCAGUGCUAGACCUUCCGUGACUAGUCCGAGUUGGCACUAGGUGAAUCCAUCGCUCCCUGAAGCGCUGUUGGCAGCUCUGUAGGUGACGAAGCUGUUGUUGUUUUUUUUUUUUUGCCUGUUCUGUACUCUCUGGUAUUCUCCGCUAUCCUGUAUUCUUCUCCGACAAAGAAAAAGGAUUUAUUUUAAGGUGAGAUGAAAGCAUUGCCACGUGUUUGUGUAUGAAGCUAACACAACAGUGCAGAAGCACUGUCUCUGCAGUCUUAAAGAAAUAGAUUUUUUUUUUUGGACUGGUUUAGAGGAAUUGGGGAAAGUCAUUUUAUUGUCACAAGAAAUAUGUUGAAUACAGUUCUAAUAUAAAAAUAAAACCUAUUUGUGAAUGGUU